UGGAGAUCCUCUAUAAAAGGUGUCCCUAGCAUGAACUUUUUACCCAAUCUGUCUCCUCAAGGACAAGUUGACCAGUGCUUGUGAUCUGGGCUGAAUAUACACAAAGAUGUCCUGCCAGCAAAGCCAGCAGCAGUGCCAGGCCCCUAAGUGCCCACCCAAGUGUCCUCCCAAGUGCCAGACUCCUAAGUGCCCACCCAAGUGUCCACCAAAGUGUCCCCCCAAGUGCCCUCCCAAGGCUCCAUGCCCUCCUCCCACCUCUUCCUGCUGUGGUUCUAGUUCUGGAGGAUGCUGCAGCUCUGGGGGAUGCUGUGGUUCCAGCUCUGGGGGAUGCUGCAGCUCUGGGGGAUGCUGUAGCUCUGGAGGAUGCUGUGGCUCUGGUGGUGGCUGCUCCCUCUUUUCCCAUCACAGGAGAUCCCGCAGGAGCAGGCGCCAGAAAAAUGACUGCUGUGACAGUGGCAGUGGGCAUGGCCAACAGUCUGGGAGCUGCUGUGGGAGCUCUGGAGGUUGCUGUGGCAGCUCAGGAGGUUGCUGUGGCAGUUCUGGGGGCUGCUGCUGAUCACUUUAUUCUCUCUGCACCAAGAAUCAGUAAUGUGUAACCUUAGGCAAACAAGGACCCUACUUCAGUCUGCAUUUGCCCCUCUUCCUCACUUAGCUCUCCUAGUUCCUUCCUAAGAUUAUCUGUAUUGAUCUGGCUUCCCAUUUGCCCUUAAUGACCCUGUACCUUGAAUUUGCCUGGCCAUGGUUACACUACAUCCCCUUGAUCAUUUGCAACAAUAAAUAUAUAUUCACAACGA